AUGUUAAUUGUAUGUAGAGAUUUCAUUGGCAUUCAUAAAUCGACUGCAAGUCGUAUUGUAAAACUUGUUUCACAUAACAUUGCUAUAUUACGUCCUCAAUAUGUCAAUUUUCCCAUCAAUGUAAAUGAUUUAAAAAAAGUAAAACAAGAUUUUUACAACAUAGCUAAAUUUACGAUGGUUAUUGGCGCAUUAGACUGUACCCACGUCAAGAUUAAAUCACCUGGAGGAGAUAAUGCAGAGGUAUAUAGAAAUAGAAAAAUUUUUUUCUCAAUCAAUGUUCAGACAAUUUGUGAUACAAACUUAAAAAUUCAAGACAUAGUAGCUCGAUGGUCUGGUUCAUCACAUGAUUCUACUAUUUUCAAUAAUUCAGAAAUACGAAGGAAAUUAGAAAUUGACGAAAUGAGGGACUGCGUUUUAGUAGCUGAUAGUGGCUAUGCGCAACGUAACUAUGUUAUGACUUUGGUUGGAAGCCCUAACACAGUUAUUGAUCAAUCCUCUGGUAUUUAUGAAGAAGCUGUAGCUAAAUAUAACGAGUCAUUAAUUAGGACUAGAAAUACUGUUGAAAGAAGUCACGGUGUUUGGAAACGUCGGUUUCCAAUAUUAGUUACCGGAAUAAAUGUAAAAAUUACUUCAUCACAAAGCAUUAUUGUUGCUACAGCAGUAUUGCAUAAUAUAGCCUGCAAUUUUGGAGAAAGCAUGACUAGAGUUACAACCGAAAUAGAAUCAUUAAUUUCAAUAACAGAAUUUAAUAACCCAGGCGAAGAUGUAGGCAGGAAUGCAGCCAACAUUACAAGAAAUAAGUUCCUUCGCUAUUUUAACAACUUAAUUUGA